AUGUCCGCCGCAACAGAUAAGGCUCGAUUCUUCCUGGAGAAGUCCGUGCCUGAGCUCAAGGAAUAUGAGCGUAAGAAGAUUUUUACCAAGGAUGAAAUCUCCUCUAUCGUCAAGAAACGUUCCGAUUUUGAGCACAAGCUCAAUGCACGUGGCGCACAACCGGUAGACUUUGUGCGCUAUGCUGAAUAUGAAAUGAACCUCGAUGCUUUGCGGAAGAAGCGAGUGAAGCGACUUGGGCUUCGGUCGGCAGGAUUCAACGGUCAACGACGGAUUUUCUUCGUUCUCGAGCGAGCUACUCGCAAAUUCCGCGGCGAUAUCAAUCUUUGGGUUCAAUAUAUCGACUAUGCUCGGAAACAAAAGGCACACAAGAAGCUCUCCAUGAUCUUCACCGACGCUCUGCGACUGCACCCUACCAGUGCCGAAUUAUGGGUCUACGCCGCGAAACACGUCCUCGAUGAUCACGGAGAUAUGACACAGGCUCGGAGUUAUAUGCAGCGCGGUCUACGGUUCUGCAAAAGCGCAAGGACAAUCUGGGUCCAAUAUGCAAAGCUGGAAUUGAUUUACGUCGCAAAGCUGGUGGCUCGCCAACGGAUCUUGGGUCUAGACGAGAAUCAAACGAAACCCGUCGAAGGGCCAGGACUCGAUGAUCAUGAUGCCGACAUGAUUGCUCUCCCUACACUCACAGCCGAAGACAUCAACCCCAGCACCGAUGGACAAGAAGUGGACCAGGUUGCGCUUCAAAAUCUGAAUUCCACACCUGCUUUGAGCGGUGCUAUCCCGCUCACCAUCUUUGAUACCGCCGCAAAGCAUUUCAAUCACGACGAUCGCUUCGGUCAGGAAUUCUUUGAUAUGGUGUGGGAGUUCCAGGACGCGCCUUGUACUGGUAAGAUUUUGGAACAUGUGGUCGAGGUGAUGCGUGAAAAUAAGCCUUCUAGCCCGCGGACACAAAUUUGCUAUGCCAAGUUGCCAACCGCUGGAGUUUCUGUCCUUUCCGCCGAGUUCCCCCGAGCGCUUGGUAGCUCACUUGCUCGCCUCAGAGAGUACCCCCUGGGCAAGGAUCUUGCACGCCAAGUGAUCAACUGGCUUCAGCCUGUUCAGACAACGGAAGGCCUGGAUCCUUCGUUGCAAAAAGUUAUCGCAGCCACUGUCCGCAAUGCGGAGCGCGUGGCACAGCAGUAG